GCUCGAGCAGCGAGAGGAGAGGAGCAGAGGAGUGAGAGGGAGAGAGUGAGAGAAAGAGAGAAAGAGAGAGUGAGAGUGAGUGAGUGUGUGUGUGCAGGUGGCAGUUUUACGCACGGACCGCGGCGGCGGCAGUGGACGCUUUGUACUCUCUCUCACCUGAAGCUCUAAUUACCCCCCUCUGCAACUACAUGCCUGUCAGGUUCUGCUGGUGAUCAGAGAGACCCCCCGGACCCCCGCAGGAGGAGCAGCAUGGAGAACGCGCACACUAAAUCCGCCUCUGAAGUUCUGAGAAACUUCGACGUGAACGAGAACACUGGACUGACCCUGGAGCAGGUGAAGACCAACCAGGAGAGAUAUGGACCCAACGAGCUGCCGGCAGAGGAAGGAAAGUCUCUGUGGGAGUUGGUGGUGGAGCAGUUUGAGGAUCUGUUGGUCAGGAUUCUGCUGCUAGCUGCCUGUGUAUCAUUUGUGCUGGCUCUGUUUGAGGAAGGGGAGGAGUCCACUACAGCCUUCGUGGAGCCCCUAGUCAUCCUGCUCAUUCUGAUUGCCAACGCGGUCAUCGGAGUUUGGCAGGAACGCAAUGCUGAGAAUGCCAUCGAGGCUCUGAAGGAGUACGAGCCGGAGAUGGGAAAAGUGUACCGCAUGAACCGUAAAGCAGUGCAGAGGAUCAAAGCACGGGAAAUCGUUCCUGGAGACAUUGUGGAAGUGGCUGUUGGCGACAAGGUGCCUGCUGACAUCCGGAUUGUCUCCAUCAAAUCCACUACUCUACGUGUGGACCAGUCAAUCCUCACAGGCGAGUCGGUAUCAGUUAUCAAGCACACAGACCCUGUUCCGGACCCUCGAGCUGUUAAUCAAGAUAAGAAGAAUAUGCUAUUUUCUGGCACCAACAUAGCUGCGGGUCGUGCCAUCGGUGUGGUGGUCUGCACCGGCGUCUCCACGGAGAUCGGAAAGAUCCGUAAUCAGAUGGCGUGCACAGAGCAGGAGAAGACCCCCCUGCAGCAGAAGCUGGACGAGUUCGGCCAGCAGCUCUCCAAGGUCAUCUCCCUCAUCUGCGUGGCCGUCUGGGUCAUCAACAUCGGCCACUUCGGAGACCCCGUCCACGGCGGAUCCUGGGUCCGCGGGGCCAUCUACUACUUUAAGAUCGCCGUGGCGUUAGCGGUGGCUGCCAUUCCUGAGGGCCUUCCCGCCGUCAUCACCACCUGUCUGGCCCUGGGAACCCGACGCAUGGCCAAGAAGAACGCCAUCGUCCGCUCGCUGCCCUCUGUGGAGACGCUGGGCUGCACGUCCGUCAUCUGCUCUGACAAGACCGGUACACUAACCACCAAUCAGAUGUCCGUGUGCAGGAUGUUUGUGGUGGACAAAGCAGACAGCUCCAGCUGUUCACUCCACGAGUUCAACAUCACUGGCUCAACCUAUGCUCCAGAAGGACAAGUGCUGAAAGGAGUUAAGCCAGUACAGUGUGGGGACUUUGAUGGUCUUCUAGAACUGGCCACUAUCUGCUCCAUGUGUAAUGACUCUUCUUUGGACUACAAUGAGGCUAAAGGAGUGUAUGAGAAGGUGGGGGAGGCCACAGAGACCGCGCUGACCACUCUGGUGGAGAAGAUGAACGUCUUUAAGACUGACCUGUCCGGCCUCAGCAAAGUGGAGAGGGCGGGAGCAUGCAACUCGGUAAUCAGGCAGCUGAUGAAGAAGGAGUUCACUCUGGAGUUUUCCCGGGACAGGAAGUCCAUGUCUGUGUACUGCACCCCGACUAAAUCAGGCUCCCAGAGCAAGAUGUUCGUUAAGGGUGCUCCAGAGAGCGUGAUUGACCGGUGCACGCAUGUGCGGAUCGGCUCAGGGAAGGCGGAACUGACUAUCGCUGCAAAGGAGGAGCUGAUGAGCACCAUUAGAGACUGGGGCACAGGCAAGGACACCCUGCGCUGCCUGGCUCUGGCCACACGGGACACGCCCCCUCGAAAACAGGACAUGGACCUGGAGAACGCGACCAAGUUCGCAGCGUACGAGUCUGAUCUGACAUUUGUUGGCUGCGUGGGCAUGCUGGACCCGCCCAGGAAGGAGGUGAUUGGUUCAGUGAAGCUGUGCAGCGAGGCGGGCAUACGGGUCAUCAUGAUCACGGGCGACAACAAAGGCACCGCCGUGGCCAUCUGCAGACGCAUCGGCAUCUUCACCGAGCACGAAGACGUGGAGGGCAAGGCCUACACGGGCCGCGAGUUUGACGACCUGGCCCCCGAGGCCCAGAGAGAGGCUGUGAAACGGGCGCGGUGCUUCGCCCGCGUCGAACCCGCCCACAAGUCCAAGAUUGUCGGGUACCUGCAGUCUUUCGAUGAGAUCACGGCCAUGACUGGUGAUGGUGUGAAUGACGCUCCUGCUCUGAAGAAAGCAGAGAUAGGCAUUGCGAUGGGCUCCGGGACGGCCGUAGCUAAGUCUGCUUCAGAGAUGGUUCUGUCCGACGACAACUUCUCCACCAUCGUGGCUGCAGUGGAGGAGGGCCGAGCCAUCUACAACAACAUGAAGCAGUUCAUCCGCUACCUCAUCUCCUCCAACGUGGGAGAGGUUGUCUGCAUCUUCCUGACUGCGAUUCUGGGGCUUCCCGAGGCUCUGAUCCCAGUUCAGCUGCUUUGGGUGAACCUGGUCACAGACGGCCUUCCCGCCACCGCUCUGGGCUUCAACCCCCCGGACCUGGACAUCAUGGAUAAACCUCCCCGCAACCCUAAAGAGCCGCUUAUCUCCGGCUGGCUCUUCUUCAGAUACCUCGCCAUCGGAGGGUAUGUGGGGUUGGGCACUGUUGGUGCUGCCACCUGGUGGUACCUAUUUGAUGAGCAGGGACCACAGGUGUCUUUCAACCAGCUGAGGCACUUCAUGCAGUGCACUGAGGAUAACCCCAUGUUUAAGGGCAUCGACUGUGAGGUGUUCGAGUCACGCUACCCCACCACCAUGGCCCUCUCUGUGCUCGUCACCAUAGAGAUGUUCAACGCACUCAACAGUCUCUCAGAGAACCAGUCUCUGCUGAGGAUGCCUCCAUGGGUUAAUAUCUGGCUUCUGGGGGCCAUCAUUCUCUCCCUGUCUCUACACUUCCUCAUACUGUAUGUGGAGCCCCUCCCAUUAAUCUUUCAAGUGACCCCUCUGCACUGCUCCCAGUGGAUAGUUGUCCUCAAAAUUUCCAUUCCGGUCAUCCUCCUGGACGAGGCACUCAAAUACGUCUCUCGGCAUCAUUUAGAAGCUUAACUUUCUCCUCCCGCUUCUGUGAAAAGGCGAAGAGGAGGAGAGGUACAUGAAGAGUCGGCAGCUGAAAUUCUAGGACUUCUAGAACUUCUAACUCCUGCUUCAGCACAUGCAUGCACACACACACACACACACUGAUACACACACUGAUACACACAGAUACACGCAUACACACUCACACACAGGAUCCCAGACCCCCCCUCCCCACGACUCUCUUUUCCUUUUCCUAAGCGUUUCUUUAAGGCUCCUCUCAGAAUCCUCUUCGCUCUUAAAAUCGUCUCUAAGAUAAUCUACCUGCAUGUCCAGUCACCACUAGAAACGAGCAGGGCUUGUUGGAAUAAAGCGUGUGUGAGUGUGUGGGUGUGUAUGUGUGCUCGUAUGAAUGUGUGUGUUUGCGUGUGAGCACAAGUACGGUCCCUGUCGCGCAGCGUUGCGUGACAAGCAGCUAAAGUUAUUUAGGGAUUCUUGUUGCUUCUUUUUAUACGGCUUUUUGGCUUCCACUCAUUUGCUGUAGAUACUAGUGCAAUAACUGGAGCUCGGGGAGCGGAGGGACAGCGGAGGCCGAGGACAAAGGUUAAAGGUCACGAUGUUGGGUUCAUAUUGGGAAUGGAGGCCUUGGAGGACCUGCUCAAGCCGCAGAUGGGCAGCUCGUUGAGUCCAUGAAGAGGGCCGCUGGGAGACGGAGGAAGAGGAUGCGCCAUCUGGACAAGUCCCUGUGUGCUUUGUGUGAAAGUGUAUGUGACUCUGUGUGACCGCCAACGGUCUGAACAAGGCCAGUUUCACAAAGGAGGUGCUUGUUGUCUCACUUGUGGUUCAUUCUUUGCUUUUUCUCGCACACUCACACACUUAUUCACUCACUCUCUCACUCACUCGUUUUUUUUUUUUUUUUUUUUUUUUUGCUUUAUCAUCAUCUGAUGUCCCAUCUGAUCCGUUUUAUUCAGGUCUAAAAUGAGCCCAUUCAUGUAUUCUUUCAUGGGAGCUGUUGUGAGGUUGAACAUGACUGACUAACAUUCAAACUUUAUAGAGAAUUUUUUGGACUAUCAGAUUUUUUAUUGAAAUCUAAUUAAAUAUACCUUUAUUUAUUUCUCCCAUUCACUCAAAACAAGUCUGGCUGAUUUUAUGAUCAUCCUCAAUAAAAAAAAAAAUAUAUGAUUAUGAUGAUGGGAUGCCUCAAUCCUGCUCGUGGCAUCACCUUGCAUAGUGUUUUCCCGCAUUAACAUUAUUACAGCUUUUAUUUAUUUAUUAUAUGACCACUUAAAUCAGAUGUUUUAGAGAAGGUAAAUGUGCCUCCAGGACCAGGUUAAAACUUACCGCCCUGCUCUACACAGUACAUACUUAUGAAACCUGCCAAUUAACAGCAGAGUUGAGUCAGGUGUGUUUACACAAAUAGAAAUAGAUUGGGACAAACAAAAAAUCUGGACAAAUUGAGAACCUUGUCUAUGCUGAACUGAAGUAGUGCACUAUGUAGUGAAUAUAGUAAAUACAGGGGUUGGACAAUGAAACUGAAACACCUGUUUUUAGACCACAAUAACUUAUAGUCCUGACGGACAGUUCUGGUGGAAACAGGAGAGUUGAGGUGCACACUGAAUUCUGCCGUGAUUUGGGUUAGCACCCGAACAUCCCUUCAGCUUCCUCUUGCGUCCACAGUUAAUCCUGUUGGAUGUGGUUCGUCCUUCUUGGUGGUAUGCUGACAUUACCCUGGAUACCGUGGCUCUUGAUACAUCACAAAGACUUGCUGUCUUGGUCACAGAUGCGUCGGCAAGACGUGCACCAACAAUUUGUCCUCUUUUGAACUCUUGUAUGUCACCCAUAAUGUUGUGUGCGUUGCAAUAUUUUGAGCAAAACUGUGCUCUUACCCUGUUAAUUGAACCUUUACACUCUCACUGCUCUUACUGGUGCAAUGUGCAAUUAAUGAAGAUUGGCCACCAGGCUGCUCCAAUUUAGCCAUGAAACCUCCCACACUAAAAUGACAGGUGUUUCAGUUUCAUUGUCCAACCCCUGUAGUUCAAGACACAGAUAAAAAUCCUCUCACAAAGUUUUCUGAAAUAUCAUAAAAUGAGUAAAAUAAAUUUGAAUGUAGGAAUUAGAAAUAGUUGUGCACUAUAAUGUCUCAAUGGCUUCUUUUCUGUAAAGCUUGUUUAAUCUCAAAACUGUUCAUAUAAAGUAAUGCUGAUCUAAUAGAUUGCUCCAGUUGUUUAAAAACUAUGUAAUUAAGAGAUUUAGGUCUUAUACAGCAAGUUAUAAGUGAAUGUGAACCAUCAUGAUAGCCUAAACCAACCUAAGCUAAAUUGAUUCUAAAUUGAUUCUAAAAAGUAUUGCAAUUUAAACAUAGGGCUACUUCUUUAAAAUAACAGGCUAACAUGGCUAAAAAUAAAUAGAAAUAAAUAGAACCCAGCAACAAACAGUUAUCGUUUAACUUAAUCAGCAUAAUGAGCAUGAACUCAUUUGAACUAGUGGCUCUUCAAUUUCAUUCAGUGUUGAGAACAUUGGCUUUUCUGAACUUCUGAAAAAAGCUUCAGCCAAACUAGCAGAGAGCUCACAGAUGAGUGUGCACUUUUAGCCGCCUCAGAACUAGCAGCUAGCAAUGCUAGCACAUUCCCCCUCACAGCACAAGUGUGAAUUGCUCUGCUGUGAUUGACUGCCUUCAGGCUUUCAGGCUUUCUGGCAUUCAGGCUUUGUGAACUGCCUCUCAGAAAAAGUACAAUCUAACAGCCUCUCAAGUUCUCCUCACUCUUACUCUCUCGCUCUUUCUUCUUUCACCAUUUUUGUGCUGAUUUCACAGGAACACUAGUCAAAAGGAGCUGCUAGCUGCCUGCUAGCAUUCCCAACAUGCAGCAGUUUGCUAAAACUUCUCUCAAAUAUUUAUGAGAAGCAGUUUUACCAGUGAAUAAUUGCUGAUUUAGUGACAGGAAAGAGGAAGAGAAAAAUGAGUUUGAAAGUUUAAAACCCAGAAAAUCCCAGUAAAUAAGUAAUUAAAACAGCUCUGUAUAUAGAGUGCACUUAGCUAGCUAGCUAGAUAUUUAGCAACAUUAGCAGCAGUUUGGAUGAACCAUAUGGUGGCUUUUAAUGUUCACACAGCAGGUAGA